CAUAAGAAAAAUGCAAUCUAUAGAGAGAGAGAAAGAGAGAAUCAUAUGAUUUGAGACGAUUAUUUGAUUCGUUUUUUCGGAAUCUCGCCGGUGAUUUUUUUGACGCCGGAGAUUUCGAGUUCGCCGGCGAUCAAUUUAUUGUUUGAUCGGUGACGGAUUUUUUUCUGGCGGUAAUAGGAUGGUGAAUUUUUUGGUGGAACGAGCGACGAGCGAUAUGCUCAUGGGUCCUGAUUGGGCGAUGAAUGUCGAGAUCUGCGAUAUAUGCAGUCGCGAUCCAGCGCAAGCGAAAGAUGUUGUGAAAGGAAUAAAAAAGCGUCUUGGCAGUAGGAGAUCAAAAGUCCAGCUACUCGCCCUGACUCUUUUGGAAGCAAUUGUGAAGAAUUGUGGAGACAUUGUGCAUAUGCACGUCGCUGAGAAAGGUCUUCUUCAUCAGAUGGUGAAAAUGGUAAAGAAGAAGCCCGACUUUCAUGUCAAGGAAAAGAUAUUAGUUUCGAUUGACACUUGGCAAGAAGCUUUUGGAGGACCAAGGGCAAGAUACCCUCAAUAUUAUGGAGCCUACCAAGAGUUGUUGCGCCUUGGAGCAGUAUUCCCUCAGAGAACACCACUUGCGCUCCCACCUCCCCAAACACAUCCACUGUCAUCUGAUCCACGUAAUCUUCAGAAACCUGAAUCUGGAGAGGAUGCAGCAGAGUCUUCAGCAGAUGCUGAGUAUCCCACCUUGAGCUUGACGGAGAUCCAGAAUGCACGUGGUAUUAUGGAUGUCCUUGCUGAAAUGCUGAAUGCAUUAGGUCCUGAAAACAAAGAGGGACUCAGACAAGAUGUGAUUGUUGAUUUGGUGGAACAAUGCCGUACCUACAAACAGAGAUUGGUACACCUUGUGAACUCGACUACGGAUGAGUCACUGCUAUGCCAAGGACUAGCACUGAAUGAUGACUUACAGCGUUUAUUGGCCAAACAUGAAGCUAUUUCAUCGGGAACUUCUGCUAAAGGGGAAACAUCAAAAUCUGAACCUUCCCGAUCCCUUGUAGAUGUUGAUAGUCCUCUUAUUGAUACUGGAACCAGCAACAAGUCAGACCAAGGAUCUGCAUCAAGUGCUUUAGGACUUCCUGCUCCUCCAUCGGCUAAUGGUCAAUCAACAACUCCAACAGAAGUUGUCCCUAUGAUAGAUCUUCUGAGUGGAAUUGACUUUGGCUCACCAACAGCUGAGAAUGCUCUUGCGCUUGUUCCUGUUGGAGAACCUCAGCCAGCAAGUCCUUCACAUCAGAAUGCCCUUGCUAUUUUCGACAUGUUUGCACAGCCAAGCACCACACCCUCUACAAAUUCAGUUGGUCAGGCACAUCCUUCAUCCCCUCAAGUUCAGCAGCAACAGAAUUUUUAUCCUGUACAGCCAUCUUUGUACCCAAAUGGAAGUGUUCCUGGUAGGAGCUACGCUCAAGGCUCCACUCCUGCCUGGAACGAACAGAUGUCACAGCAACAACAGCCUGCUUCUCCAGUCUACGGAACUCAAAGCACUAAUCCUUUUGCCCUUCCUCCGUGGGAAACUGAGGCAGAAGACGACCAAAUAAUGAGCAGCCCUCAUGCUCAGCCUGUGCUAAAUAAUCCGUCGAUGCCAGGUAGCUCACAAUCUCUAGCAAUGCUCAAUAACCAGGUGAUGCCUGGUAGUUCACAUGCUAUGUCAAUGCAAAAUAAUCAGCUUGUAUCAGCCAAUGGCCAGCAACUAGCCAGCGGUACAUACCUCCACGGCAUGUAUGCUUCGCCAAACACUGCUGGACAGCCUGGUAUGAUGAACAAUCAGAUGGAGGGCUUGCAUCCUCAACAACAAUUCCAAGGUGGACAGCCAGGUAUGAUGAACAAUCAGGCCAUGCAAAGCAAUCAGAUGGAACGCUUGCAUCCUCAACAACAAUUCCAAGGUGGACAACCUGCGGGUUUGUAUCCACAACAAAUGCCACCUGGACAAAUGGCUUAUAUGUAUUCCCAGCAAAUGUAUGGCAACCAAAUGGCGAGCUAUGGUUAUGGUAAUGCUCAACAACAAAAUACUCAAUUCCUAAACCAAGGAAUGUCUGGGCUCUCUAUGAGGGACAAUGGUGUCCACAACAGCUCUUAUCAAGUUCCCACUCCUUUGUAUGUGCCACCCGGAAAGCCCUCAAAGCCACAAGACAAAUUGUUCGGGGACCUAGUUGACCUUUCAAAGUUCAAAUCAACCAAUGGUGCUCCCGGGAGUGCUGGUAGCACGUGACAAUGACUAAUUUUGCACCCUCUAGCGUUCUAUUUGAUUCUUAAGCUUCUGUUGCCUAUUCUUCAUUUUCAAAUUUACACAUCCAUAUGCAUUUGAUGGUUCUUCACGAGAUGAUGAGAGUUGUGUACAUUUCUUGUAGAGAGAAUAACUAGAUUGGAAAGAAAGAAACUCGAGGAACCUCUCGUUUUUUGCUACAUUGAAUAUGUAUAGGAUAUAUUCAUUUAUUAUUUUUUUUGAAGCUUUUUGAUCUGUUAAAUUCAGUGCAUUUCUCAUUUGGCUGCAA